AUGGGAAUUGGUAACGACCUACAGACGGAGAAAUCUGGUAUGGAGCCGCGGGUGUACAAAAAACGAUGGGCGAUUUUGGCAAUGUUCAUCUCACUCAGCGCUUCCAACGGUGCCCAAUGGAUCAUGUACUCCGUCAUAGCUCAAAUAGUCGCCGAAUUCUAUGGUGUCAGUUUCACAGCUGUUGAUUGGACGAGUAUGAUUUACAUGGCCACCUACAUAGCGUUGUUCAUCCCGGCAGCGUAA